UCGCACUCUAAUUUGACUGUGUGAAUUGGGUGUCAGAUUGUUACUGACAAGUGACGGAAUCGUAUACCGUACGAGCGUCCUUCCAGGACAGUUGAAAAGGACGUUUGGAAUGAGAUUUACCCACUUAUUUCCCUCAUUACUUGUCACGGCGGUCGUAGCAAUCCGGUAUAGAGAAGACUACUACCAUUCGAAUUCUAUUAGGAAUCGACAAUCACUUUAAUCUGCAAAUCGUAAACUUCUUGGUAACCAACAAAAUUGCCAUCUCCGCUGGCGGUAUCGAGUUCAAAUAGGCCCCUCCUCCCUAUGUCAUCCAAUUCAUUCAACAUGCACUCCCAUCCUGCAGUGUCUUUCGAGAACAUGUUGCGUCAAUUUCGCAAGUUGUCCUCCCCCUCAUGUAAUUCCUCCCAUUAUCACCUCGAUCCUAAUUGUAUUCCUCCAUCGGCAAUUUCUCAGCCGCCUUCCCCCCUUCCUUGUCUCCGCGUCCCUGUAUCCUGCCAAACGUCAAUCGAUUUAGACAUCGGCAUACCUACCUAUCACCGCUUUCACAGCGACUCCCACUUGAAUUUGUCUCCGACAUCCUCAGGGAGCAGCGAGGGACAUUCCUUGCCGUCGUGCGAGCUCUCUGCUAGCCGACCAUUAUUUGAGCAAUUCAGAAAUACACGGUCGCGCGUCCUGCUUCUCCACAAAGAUCGCCGCUCCCCAUUGUCCUCGUUUGUGUCGCUCUUUACAGAGGGACGAGACAGACGCGCUUUUGUCAGACCACCUGUGUCUAUGUGGGCCGCAAACGAGUGCAUUGAGCCAAGCGACGUUUGGGCAAUAUUCCAGUCACACGAGGAUGCCUGUACAACUCUUUCUCUCUCUCACCCCUCCAUCACCAUCACCCCCGCUCUUGAGAGCGAUUUGGAGCCUUUUGAUAGGUUGCGCAGAGUCGAUUCCGUGUUGAAGAAUUCUUCUGCGAUUUCAUAUCCUGCUGGUCUCCGCAUGUCCCUGUCAACACCUGACCUUCACAAAUACGUCCAAUACGGUGCGCCGCAUGAUGACUUUGUCAUCUCCAGCAACCCGCCCAACCCUCGGACGACAUUCAGACUGGGUGACUGGAUAUGCAAUUCGCCCAACUGCGCAGCGCACAACUUUGGGCGUAAUUUAGCUUGCAGAGGUUGUGGAUGUCCACGUUCUGAGAACCCGCCCUCAACAAUGCAGCGACAAGGGUCUUGCGGGCCACCCGCGUCGCGUCUCCCAGUAUCACCUCGCUUCGUCAAUCCAUCUGGACACACGCCCAUGCCGCAAAGCUCUCUUUCUCCACCACUUACCUCUCCUCUUUACGCCAGUGCCGGUCAUAACGUGCGUCAUGCACCCCAGCCUAUCCAGCCUAGCAUUAUGAGUGCAAAGCCUCCCACUUCGCCUACCCACCCACUUCUCACCCCAUCCGGUCGUUCUUUUGCGGUGGGAGGGAAGGUGCAAAACGUCUCUUCGGACCCGUUGUCGCCGUGCGUCAUGUAUUGGCCGGAUAAUGAAUCAUUCCCAGAACAAGGUCAAAUUCGACCGAGCAGCUUGAUGGUCAUUCCGCAGCCUCCGAUCCUGAACACUGGUAACCGUGGGCCUAUCGAACAUCAGCCUGGCGAUUGGAUAUGUCAGAAGUGCAAUUACCUGAAUUGGAGACGCCGCAAAGUUUGCCAGACUUGCUUCCCUUAUGCUGAAGGAAACGGCGAUUCUAUCUCCGCUGCUGUGCAAGCGGAGCGCAUCAACUUACUUACGUCGCUCCUUGCGCAGAACCAGCUUCCGCUCGCGAGUGGCCCCCCAUCUCUUCCAUCUCAAGCCCCUCGGUCUCAUUCCAUGACACCCCCCGCAGCGCCGUCGUAUAAUCAAGUACCAUACCGAUCCCGUUCGCAUUCUAAUUUCGACGCAGACACCCAAUAUUCUGAUUCCCAGUUCAUCUAUGAAACGUCCGCUCCCCGUCGUACCUCGCCGUCUUCGUUCCCAAGUCUUGGUGACCUCGAGAAUUAUCUUCCUGUCAACCUCCCUGCUCCUUUGCUCCCCUCUUUCUUGCAGGAUAUUGUGCAAUCCCCCACUCUGUCUCCGAGUUCUACCUCAUCCACUGACCUCUCUCCUGAGGAUUAUGAUGAUAGUUUUUCUUCGGAACGUUCAUCGUUUGGGAAGGAUCGCAUUGCGACGAACGACUCUUCUUCGAACCUGCCUGUUAGUAACAUUUGGAAGCUAAACGACGAGGAAACCAAGGGUAUCGCCGGCGUUGCAUUGCCUCACAUAGGUGUGAUAGGGAGUCGGAAAAGCAGCCACGAGGCAUUGCGUCGCCGAACCAAUUCGCCUUGAUUUCAUCACGUAUAUAUAUUAAGCAUUAGGGAAGGAUACCGACAAGCAAGGUCAAGUGCGGACUCAUCCGCGGAUGGACAUGUGGACAGCGUCCUGGGUAUUGUACGGAGAAUACGGUUAGAAUGAUUUUUCUGGUAUUUUUAUUUGUUCUUCCCCUAGUGCUGGCUCAUAUGACGGAUUGGCUUGCUUCGAUGCAAGGCGUCCCACGCAUUUUUUCUGCUUCAUCUUCGCACUUUCAAGUUGGAUCUCGCAAUCGCACCAGCAUAUUCUGCAUAUUGUUUAUCUUGGUCAUUUAUUUUAUCUUGGAGUUCUUACGCCUCCCUUAUGUACUACUGCAUAGUCUAAUUGUGUUCGUAAAAGUUUGCAAUAGUAUCGACGUGGUCACCCUUAA